UCCGAGAGGUGGGUUAGGUCGGGCGGUCGUCGUCCCGCGCAAUCCACACCUCCACGCAACUCUGCAUGCACGCGCGCCAACGCGGUGGGUGCAGUCCGCUUACCUGAAUCGGCGACGGCGCCCGCGGUCAAGCCAGACGCUGCCCACCGCCCCCGGCGACCCGGUCGCCCGGCGCCGGACACCCCCCUAUAUCCCCCGCGCAUGCGCCCGCUCCCUUCCAUUCCUCGUCCGACUCCCACCUCGCACACUCCCACGCUCACAACUACGUCCGAGGUGCAGCAGACCAGCUCGGUGGCAAGAUCGUCGGUCGGUCGACGACGCAUGGCGGCCAUGCCGUCGUCGGUGGUGGCGGAGCUGGAGGGCACGCUGCUGCGCGACGCCUGCACCUUCCCCUACUUCAUGCUCGUGGCGUUCGAGGCGUCCGGCCUGCCGCGCUUCGCCGCGCUGCUGGCGCUCUGGCCGGCGCUGCGCCUGCUGGAGCUGCUGCUGGGCCGGGGCGGCCUGGCGCUGCGCUGCGCGGCGUUCGUGGCCACGGCCGGGGUGCCGCGGGCGGAGCUGGAGGCCGUGGCGCGCGCCGUGCUGCCCAAGUUCAUGGCCGACGACGUCGACCCCGCCGCGUGGGCGGCCUUCGGGGCCUGCGAGGGGAGGCGCGUCGUCGUCACCCGCAUGCCCCGGGUCAUGGUCGAGUGGUUCGCCAGGGAGCACCUCGGCGCGCACGACGUCGUCGGCUGCGACGUCGAGUACAGCCGGCUCAGGCGGUGCACCGGGCUCAUCAAGGGCGGCCGCGACGAGGCCGUCGCCGAACGCGUGCGCGCGCUUUUCCGGGACGGCGACCGGCCGGACCUCGGUCUGGGCCGGUCGGAAAUGGCACGAUCGUUCUUGCCCUUGUGCAAGGAGCAACUCCAGCCGCCGUUCUCCGCGGACGACGACGACGUGGCGAAGCGACCGAAGUGCCCUCCGUUUCGCCCGGUCAUCUUCCACGACGGUCGGCUCGUGCGCCGGCCGACGGCGCUCAUGUCCAUCGCCAUCCUCCUCUGGAUCCCCCUCGGCGUCCUCCUCGCCAUCGUCCGCAUCACGCUCGGCAUCGUCCUCCCCAUCCAGGCCCUCCCCUACGUCGCCCCCUUCGUCGGCGGCGCCGUCAUCACGCGCGGCCGGCCCCCCGCCCCGACUACCGGCGCCAACGGCUCGCCCACGGGCGUCCUCUUCGUCUGCACGCACCGCACGCUCAUGGACCCGGUGGCGCUCGCGUUCGUGCUCGGCCGGCGCGUGGCCGCCGUGACCUACUCCCUCUCCCGGCUCUCGGAGGUCCUGUCGCCGAUCCCGACGGUGCGGUUGACGCGCGACCGCGACACGGACGCGGCGCGGAUGCGGGCGGAGCUGGCGCGGGGCGACGUGGCGGUGUGCCCCGAGGGCACCACCUGCCGGGAGCCCUUCCUGCUCCGCUUCUCGGCGCUGUUCGCGGAGCUGAGCGACCGGAUCGUCCCCGUGGCGACCAACUACCGCGUGGGGCUCUUCCACCCGACGACGGCGCGGGGGUGGAAGGCCAUGGACCCCAUCUUCUUCUUCAUGAACCCGCGGCCGGUGUACGAGGUGACGUUCCUGAACCAGCUCCCCGCCGAGGCGACGUGCGCCGCCGGGAGGAGCCCCGUCGACGUCGCCAACUACGUGCAGAGGAUACUCGCGGCCACGCUGGGGUUCGAGUGCACCACCUUCACCCGCAAGGACAAGUACCGGGUGCUCGCCGGCAACGACGGCAUCGUCGGCGCCAAGCCCGCCGCGACGGCGACGGCGACGGCGGCGACCAAGCCAGGAUGGCAGCGCCGGGUCAGGGAGGUGCUCGGGUUCUUGCGCUUCACCAAGAUCGAUUAACCACCGGAACAAAGGCAUGCAUGUAGCCCAACCACUCAACCGGCUACAUGCUGCUGUAUAUCUGCUCAACAAAAAAUUGUAACAUACCACAGACGUUAGAAAUUCACGUUAAUCUACACGUUUGUUUUUAGUUUUUUUCUUUCAAAAAGAAAAGUGUUCAAUUUUGGUGUUGUAAAUCUUCGGGCGAGUGUAGUGUCUGUAAUUAAUGAGCUUGAGUCGUUGGUAGUUGAGCAGUCCUCUAGUCUGUAUUGGCUUAUCUCCAUCUUUUUUUACAGUGAUGGGUUUUACUGAAAUCGAUGGGCUUAUCUCCA